UUAAUUUAGUUUAUUGCCAAUUAACAUACACUUUUAUAUUACUGAUUUGGGCAUUGAGAAGCACAGAAGAUAGAAAAAAUUACAUGAGAGCUUAUGCAAACGCCUUUCAUCCCCCUUCCCCAGGCACAACUUCAGAUCUUUAUGAGCAGGAUCAUGGCAGCGAUAAGAGAUUUCCGCACUGUCCUUAAACUGCUGGGACGUGGCCCUUUAUCCAGGGAGGUAGAGAGGCCUUUGCCACAAGCAGCAGUGGGCCACUUACAGGCAGCAGUCAGAAAGUCUGGAAUGGCAACAAGUAGCAAAAAGCCAGCAUGGGACUGGUGCCUGAAAAGAGAGGAAGGCUUUUUGCAUUUGUCUUAAUAAACCACUGCAUUUAUUUCUUAAUUGCUUUCUCAUUUAGGUACUUUCACAUCCUGCCUCUCACAGCCAAACAUGAAGUCCCAAGGUUUGUGGUUGAUUCUACCUUAUAACACUACAGGAAGACAGAAACUAUAAUCUCUGUUUUGUGGAUGGGAGUUAAACACCAUUCCUAAAGUCACAUAGAAAGUCUGAGACAGACUUUCUGAAGACAGACUUCAGGCUUCUUGAGCACUACCUAAUGGCCUCCCCUCCCAUUUAUGUGCUUCUGUCUGGAGAAAAGACAAACCGUGUCAAUCUGACUUUUUAUUUAAAAGAACGUUAUUUGCUUUCAAGGUACACCUUUCACUUUGCAUUAUGUCCUGCAGUAGAUCAGUUUAGGCUGCAUUACAAUAGGCAACCAAAACUGUUCCCGAAACAGCACUAUAUUUCACCAAGAAAGCAAUUAUAAACUUUCUGGAUACUAGCCCAAAGCUAGUAUCUGAGUCAUAUCUGCUCAAAUUUCAUGCCCAGAGUUUGCUCUGACAUUGGUUGGCCUGCUCUUCUCACCUGCUGUAUUAUCAAACAAUUCUCUAGGCAGGAACCAGGCUGUUGCGUUUAGUACAUGGAAAUGAAACAAAUAAUGCUCUCUCACAUGCCUCACAUGCUUGCUUUAAGAUCACACUUCCACCACCUGGCAUCUGAUGGUAUAAAAUGAGGGGCAUGAGCAGUGUGUUAACAUUUCCAAUGCUACUGUGGAAAUUCAUUGCUGCUUCUUGAAAAACAAUGACAUUUUUGCAGAACCAUAGCAGGGAGUUGCUUAAGCAGGCACUGCAAAGGCCUUCAAAAAUAUUUACUCAGCAGAGUCAAUACUGGGCUCCGUGGAUUUGGCAGAAUGAGUCCUGUGGAAGCAGGCUGUUGCUGUAUGCCAUGCAUGCCCAAAUUGACAUGGAAGAAACUUCCCUCCAGUGUUAUCGCUUGAUCUCAAAAUAUACGCUGCACAAAUACAGCAAAACACAGCCAGUUUCUCUGCAGCAUUUGUCCUAAUCAUUUUUUCCAUGGGGUUUUGGUCCCCUGCCUUCUUAUAGCCAAAUAACUCAUCCAAACAAUAUGGUAAGCUUUCCAACGUUACAAUAGCUUGAAAAGCUCAGUGAAGAGUAGAAGCAUUCAUAAAAGUCAGACUCGAUAUAUUUUUAAAUCAAAAUAACUUUUUUUUUUUUUUUUUUAUGAGCACAGUUCUUCCUGUAACUUUGGACACCAAUUUUGCUCUUUUUAUUGAAAAGCAGACUAAUCUAAAUAUUUUGAAGCAUUUAUCUGAGGAAGGGGAAAACCUUACUUCUUCUGCCCUUCCAGUGUUAUUUUUUUUUCUUUCAGAAGGAGAUUCUGCGGUAUUCCUCUUUGUAUUCACACUGUUCAUAUGCCUAAAACAGAGUAGAUAUCAACUGAGUUUUUAAAAAAAUCCAUGAGUUUUCCAUUUGAAUUUGUCUAUUUUUUCUUAGCUGUAUCUCACAAAGAAGAGCCAAGCCCUGUAGACUGAUUUUCUUGGGCUUUUUUGUCUGUUUAGCAUGAAAUAAAUACUGCUGAUGGUGUUGUGAGAGCUAUAGCAACUGGCUUCAUGUCACCCUAGAGACUACUUUUCAAAUCACCUAUCAGGUCUGUUCCAAAAGAGGACCUUUUGCUUUCUCAUAUGGCGUAUUUUCAAAUGAAUAUGCAGUUUAAAGAGUUUAACUGCAAUGACUAAUUUCUGCCAUCACAAGCAUCUCUGUGAGUCCAUAUUUUUUUAUUUCUUUAUUUACUUGAAGAAAAAUUGUUUGGAGAGGAUAGAGCUAUUCCUUUAUCUCUGGUAAAUGAAAAGGCCCUGUAGCUGGGUGUGAGUGGUGGGGCUGAGGGGCUCACCCUUCCUCAUCACUGAAAAGUGGCAGAACCCAUUCCCUCCUUUCUGUAACCAGGGGCUUAAAUACUGGGACACCCUCACCACUACCCCAUAACAAACAAGUUGGGAAAAAGCCACAGCUUUCUGUGAAGGACUGAGAUGAGAGGAAGCGAAGGGAAAGGACCAAGCCUCUGGAAGUGCCUGGGGAUUUUGCUCUGAGGUACAUCCCAGCAUGGCACAUGUGGCAGCUCAAAGAAGCUCUUAUCUCAGCAGCUUGCUCUCGCUGUCUUUGAAGUAUGUGGUAAUGGCCCAGGCGUUUGGCAGAGCAAAUAACCAACCCCAACUUUUUCCACCUACACACAAACCUUGGGACAGAGGUGCUUGAAGGAGUCAGCACUGACGAAUGCAAAAAACUUGCUCCUCUUCCUGCAGAUACCUCUGUUUCCUCGGCUCUGCUCUGUUUUUUUGAGGUCCUUCCAUGUAUAAAGAGGAGCCAGAGCAGCCCUUGGCUCAGUCCUUUCUCCAGGCAUCAGAGGCAGUUGAAGAAGCAAGGUGCUCGAUGUGCUGGGCAGACCUGCUUGUCCUUCUCCCCGCAGCCCCGUACCGACUGGUGGCUUUCCCCUUCGCUGCUCUCUUCCACCACCUCUGUGCUUCGGGGCACCUCUCGCUGACUGCCCGGCAUGUAUUCCUCCUUGCUGGAGGAUGUCUCCUUGCUGGCACAGCCAUGGGCAGCUAUGCUGUGUUGCUCCUCAUCCCUGCUGCCGGCUCCGUGCUUGUCCUCCUCUCCGUCAGCCCAGCUCGUGCCCACAUCUGGGUCUUCGCCUUCCAGAUGUCCUGGCAGACCCUCUGCCACCUGGGUCUGAGCAGCCAGGAGCUGGACCCACAGGAUGCCAGGCCAGCCACCGCCCUCUCUGCCAUCAUGCUGCUCACCCAGAAGGCUACAUCCCUGGCCCUGGAUAUCCACGAAGGGCUUGCGCCGCUCCAGCCCAACCGUGGGCUUUUGCAGCGCGCGCUGCCCCUCUGCAGCUACCUGCUCUUUUUCCCAGCCCUCCUCGGAGGUCCCCUGUGCUCCUUCGGCAGGUUUCGGGCCCGGGCCGAGUCCUGCGGCGCCGUCCCCGGCUGGCUGAGGGCCGCGGGCCGGCGGUGCCUCUGCGCCGCGGCCGUGCAGGGGCUGCGCGUGGGGCUGGCGGGAGGGCUGGCGGGCCGGCCGGGCUGCGCCGGCCUGGGCUGCCUGCCCGGCGUCUGGGCGCAGGCUCUGCUCCUCCGCCUGGCCUACUACUUGCACUGGGCGCUGGAUGAGGCCCUCCUCGACGUGGCAGGCUUCGGGCCAGAGGCGGGACAGGGAGACCUUUCCAUCCGCGACCUGUGGACGCUGGAGACCACUCACCGCCUGGCCGUCUUCACCCGAACCUGGAACAAGAGCACGUCCCGCUGGCUGAGGAGGCUCGUCUUCCAGCGCUGCCCGGUCCAACCGCUCCUAGCCACCUUUGCUUUCUCUGCCUGGUGGCAUGGCCUCCGACCUGGGCAGCUCUUUGGUUUCCUGUGCUGGGCUGUCAUGGUGGAGGCUGACUACCGCAUCCAUCCCUUCCUCAGCGCCCGGGCCACCUCCCAGGGUGCGAAGCUGCUCUACCGUGGCACAACCUGGGUCUUCACGCAGCUUAUCGUCGCCUACAUCCUGGUGGCUGUGGAGACCGAGAGCUUCCCCAAGCUCUGCAUGCUCUGGACUUCCUGCAACAGCAUCCUUCCCCUCUCCUACAGUCUCGCGCUGCUGCUGCUGCUUGCCAAGAACCACAGAGAGGGGCUUCAGCCCCUUGAUCAUCUUUGUGGCCUCCUCUGGGACCUCAUGUGA